UGGGUUGGGCGGGCGCUGCUGGCGGAGCCGACGGGGCGGAGAGGAGCGCGGCAGGAGGAGGAGUAGGAGAAGGGGGCUGGUCAGGGGAAGUGCGACGUGUCUGCGGAGCCCUUUUAAACCUCUUUCCCCGGAGUCCCGCAGCAGCUGCUGCCGCCGCCGCCGCCACCGCCAUCUGUGCGUUCGAGCGUCUCUGCUCCCAGGAUCCGGGAUCCAAGUUCCAGCGCGCCGGGCACCGCCGCAGCCAGCCAGCAUGUCAGGGGUCAAGAAGCAGAAGACGGAGAACCAGCAGAAAUCCACCAACGUCGUCUAUCAGGCCCACCAUGUGAGCAGAAAUAAGAGAGGGCAAGUAGUUGGAACACGGGGUGGAUUCCGAGGGUGUACAGUGUGGCUGACAGGUCUUUCAGGUGCUGGAAAAACGACGAUAAGUUUUGCUCUGGAAGAGUACCUGGUUUCCCAUGCCAUCCCAUGCUACUCCCUAGAUGGGGACAACGUCCGUCAUGGCCUUAACAAAAACCUUGGAUUCUCUCCCGGAGACAGAGAAGAAAAUAUCCGCCGGAUUGCCGAGGUGGCCAAACUAUUUGCCGACGCUGGUCUGGUGUGCAUUACCAGCUUCAUUUCUCCUUUCGCAAAGGAUCGUGAGAAUGCCCGCAAAAUUCAUGAAUCAACUGGAUUGCCAUUCUUUGAAAUAUUUGUGGAUGCGCCUCUAAACAUUUGUGAAAGCAGAGAUGUAAAAGGCCUCUACAAACGUGCCCGAGCUGGGGAGAUCAAAGGGUUUACAGGCAUCGAUUCUGAUUAUGAGAAACCUGAAACGCCUGAGCUUGUGCUUAAAACCAACUUGUCCUCAGUGAGCGACUGUGUCCAGCAGGUAGUGGAACUUCUGCAAGAGCAGAACAUUGUGCCCCAUACUGUAAUCAAAGGCAUCCACGAGCUCUUUGUGCCAGAAAACAAACUGGAUCAAGUCCGAGCUGAGGCUGAAGCUCUCCCUUCAUUAUCAAUUACUAAGCUGGAUCUUCAGUGGGUCCAAGUUUUGAGUGAAGGCUGGGCUACUCCCCUCAAAGGUUUUAUGAGAGAGAAGGAGUAUUUACAGGUGAUACACUUUGGCACCCUGCUAGAUGGCAUGAUCCUUUCUGAUGGAGUGAUCAACAUGAGCAUUCCUAUCAUACUGCCUGUCUCUGCGGAUGAUAAGACGCGGCUGGAAGGGUGCAGAGAGUUUGUCCUUACACAUGGUGGACGGAGGGUGGCUAUCUUACAAGACCCUGAAUUCUACGAACAUAGAAAAGAGGAGCAUUGUUCUCAUGUGUGGGGGACAACAUGUGCAAAACAUCCCCAUAUCAAAAUGGUGAUGGAAAGUGGGGAUUGGCUGGUUGGUGGAGACCUUCAGGUGCUGGAGAGAAUAAAGUGGAACGAUGGGUUGGACCAAUACCGCCUGACACCUCUAGAGCUCAAACAGAAAUGUAAAGAAAUGAAUGCUGAUGCGGUGUUUGCCUUCCAGCUGCGCAAUCCUGUUCACAAUGGCCAUGCUCUGUUGAUGCAGGACACCCGCCGCCGGCUCCUGGAGAGGGGCUACAAGUACCCAGUCCUCUUGCUCCACCCGUUGGGUGGCUGGACCAAGGAUGACGAUGUGCCCUUGGACUGGCGGAUGAAGCAGCAUGCAGCUGUGCUUGAGGAAGGGGUCCUGGAUCCCAAGUCAACCAUUGUUGCCAUCUUCCCAUCUCCCAUGUUAUAUGCUGGCCCCACAGAGGUCCAGUGGCACUGCAGGUCCCGGAUGAUUGCAGGGGCUAAUUUCUACAUUGUGGGCCGGGACCCUGCAGNAAUGCCCCACCCUGAGACCAAGAAAGAUCUGUAUGAACCCACUCACGGGGGCAAGGUCUUGAGCAUGGCCCCCGGCCUCACUUCCGUGGAAAUCAUUCCAUUCCGAGUGGCUGCCUACAACAAAGCCAAAAAAGCCAUGGACUUCUAUGAUCCAGAAAGGCACAAUGAGUUUGACUUCAUCUCAGGAACUCGUAUGAGGAAGCUGGCUCGAGAAGGAGAAAAUCCCCCAGAUGGCUUCAUGGCCCCCAAAGCGUGGAAAGUCCUGACAGAUUAUUAUAGGUCCCUGGAGAAGAACAACUAAACGCUCUUGGCUCCAGAGUUUCUUUCUAACUUUCUGACAUGCUCUUUGAUUCCUUUUCUAUUUUUGUAAUGAGAUGCUUUGUAUCCAAAUUGUUUCUCAAUGACUGAUUUUAAGUGUUUUAUAAUGAGGUAAAAAUUAUGUCUAAAGUUUAAAGUCGACUUCAGUAAACACAUAAAAUAGUCAAACUGAAGACCAAAUCUUAGCAGGUAAAAGCAAUAUUGUUAUCAUUUCAGAAUGAAAUUAUCUGUAUUCUCUGCUGCAUCUAAGCAGGUAGGUCCCAGAUUUCUUAAAGCUUUGACCAUGUGUUUAGUUUACUUGCCAAAAAGUAAAGCAUAUUUUCCAGCCUAAGUCUUGCCAACCUGCACUCUCCCAAUGUCACAUACCAGUAGUAAAAUUAAUCAGAAGAGCAGUCUCUUCUAUACAGCUGACCAAAAACAAAAAAUCUCACCCUGAAUGAGGUGAGGCUCACAACAAGAAUCUUCCUAAUAUUUCACCUCAUGCCUGUCUGUAUACAGCCUUACUGCUCAAUCUCUUAUAUGCUGAAGUAUGACCUGACUGGAGAAACCAAAUGUGUGAAAAUGUGAAUUUAAUCUCAGAAUUCUAUCUAUGCAACCUACAUCUGCCACGAAAGUUAUAUUGUCUAAUGAGAGAAGUCUUAAUGCACUUCUGUGAAUAAUAUAACUCCAGUUAAAUGGCGACUUUUAAAUAGCGUAGAGUGCUUUGAUGAAAGAUCUGCACCCAGGGCUCAAACAAUCUGGCAAUGUCAUAGAAAGUUAAUUUUUCUCCUCUUUGCUGUAGUCAUUGUAUCAUAUGAAGAGGCUGUGCCUACUGACUGCAGUAGCAUCAACUGUAACUAAAAACCAUUCACAUCAUCAGAUUAACGAGCUGCUAGAACUGAAAAAGACCACAGAAAACAUCAAAUCCAACCCUUUCAUCUGACAGGUGACCAAACUUAGAUGAUGCACAAGCACAUGUUUUGUGAGCUGCUGAGCACUGUAACAAAAACACAAAAUUGAUAUGUUUAGGAAGUACCAGUGGCACAGAACAAGCGCCCAGGCCACAUGAUUCCCAGUCUGGUGCUCUGCCUACACUGUACAACACAGGAGUGAGUCUGAUUCUCCAAAAUGCUUAACGAAGCUCCUUGAACAGAGGACACUACAAAGCAGCCUUCUUGGAUGCUGAAAGAUCCAAGAGUUUAGAGUUUUCUAAACUUAGCUGAUUUUAUUGCAGUUGAGAAAAAUACUUUUUCCAAAGACUCAUGCUGUUCUGAAAAAUCCAACCUCUGAUGGCUUUACUUCCUGAGAGGCAAUCUUUUUGUACUUUAUGCAUAAUUCUUUGUGCUAAGGGAUAUAUGAAAAAACAGUACCUUUUGUACAUAGGUCUCUCUGGAAGAUGACUUAAGCUGGAAAGAAAACUGUGAUUUUUAAAAUAUUCCGGGGUUUUUUUUUUUUUUAAUGCUGAUUUUAGCUAAUGAAAAGUCCUUUUAAGAAUAAUACACAAUGGCCACAGCAAACUAUACUUGUCUUUAAUAGUAUAGUGCCUAGAUUCAUUUAAUCAGAGAUACUAAUUUUUUUUAAAAACAGAAUAUUUAUUAAAAACAUGAGACAGGAUGUAGUGCCUUAACCAAUGUUUUGUGAUUUUUUAAUAUAUUUAAAACUACUCUUCUGCUCUAGUACCACACAGUGCAAAUGACUAUUUGUAUGUACAACUGAUGCUUGUUCUCGUUUUAAUAAAUUUCUCAAAAUGAA